AUGAAGAUGCAUAUAUCAACCCUCCUGGUAGCUGUCCUGCUACCUCUCGCACUCAGCAAACCGACACCUCGAAAAAAGGCCGGCAGUUUCAAAGUGAAUCUCGCGCGACGGGCAGAGGCAGAGUACUCUCGCGAUGGACCAACAGACCUGCAGAGAGCAUACCGGAAAUAUGGCCUCCCAACGACGCAUGAGAUGGACGGUUACAGCCCACAGCCGAUCAGCAAGUUCCCUGGCCACUCGAAGGCUACUGCAAACAACGACGGCAAGGACGAGAAGGGCGAGGUAGUGAACAAUCCGACAAACCAUGAUAUCCAGUUUCUCUCGCCAGUGACCAUUGGAGGACAACCGUUUAUCAUGAACUUUGAUACCGGUUCCUCAGACACAUGGGUGAUGAACACGCAAAUGACUGAUGACGAGGCAAAGAAGGACCACCACCUGUAUGAUCCAUCCAAGUCCAAGACGGCAACUAAGCAGGUCGGUCAGACGUUUGACAUCAAAUACGGCGACAAAUCUCAUGCUUCGGGCCCUGUCUACACCGAUGUGAUGGACAUUGGCGGUGCCACCGUCCAUAACCAAGCCAUCGGCCUGCCCAGUAAGGUUGCAGCAUCGCUCGCCGAGGACAAGACCUCAGACGGACUUGUCGGUCUGGCCAUGACGAAGCUCAACACCAUCCGGCCACGCAAGCAGAAGACGUUCUUCGAGAACCUAGCCGACGAGCUAGACGAGCCCGUCUUCACCGCUCAGCUUCGAAAAGGCAAGAUGGGUUCGUACGAGUUCGGCGCCAUCGACAGGGCCAAGUACUACGGCGAUCUGAUCAAGGUUCCCGUUAUCAACGAGAACGGCUUCUGGGAGAUCCCCUGCAGCCUGUACUCUGUCGGCCAACUGGACAAGAUCCAGACCAUCAAGAACAACACCGGCACCGCUAUACUGGACACGGGUACCACGCUGCUUGUCCUCGACGAGGAGAUCGUCAGGGCCUACUAUGCGCAGGUCCCCGGAGCGCGGUACGACCCCAGUCGGUUCGCUGGAUGGGUGUAUCCGUGCAACUCGCCCAUGCCGUCUCUCUUCCUUGGUGUGGGAUCCGACCAUAUGGCCAUCAUCCCGAGCUCGCUGCUUACCUUCCAGAGCUACGGCCCUGACGCGAAUGGCGUUGAAACAUGCUAUGGAGGUCUACAGUCCAACAACGCCGGUGGUAUCCAGAUCCUAGGAGACGUCUUCUUCAAGGCACUCUUUGUCGUCUUCGACCACCGCGGUCCCUCUGUCUCUUUUGCUCCCCAUGCGUGA